GAGUUUCCAAAAAAGUUAGAAUAACUUCCUCUCCCGGAGACCUCGGUUUUGCACGAGCCGGCCUUGAAAUCAGAGCCUUUCCAGCAGCUCCGGGAGCGUGUGCUCGGCGACCGCGGGCUUGGCCAGCGGCGCGCGCUCGGCGCCCGGCGCCCGCCCGUCCCCCCCCCGCCCCGCGCCCCCCGCCCCCAGCCCCAAGCGCGCCGGGCGGGCGCCAUGGAGGAGGGCUCCAGCUCGCCCGUGUCCCCCGUGGACAGCCUGGGCACCAGCGAGGAGGAGCUCGAGAGGCAGCCCAAGCGCUUCGGCCGGAAGCGGCGCUACAGCAAGAAGUCGAGCGAAGAUGGCAGCCCGACCCCGGGCAAGCGCGGCAGGAAGGGCAGCCCGAGCGCGCAGUCCUUCGAGGAGCUGCAGAGCCAGCGCAUCCUGGCCAACGUGCGCGAGCGCCAGCGCACCCAGUCGCUGAACGAGGCCUUCGCGGCGCUGCGCAAGAUCAUCCCCACGCUGCCCUCGGACAAGCUCAGCAAGAUCCAGACGCUCAAGCUGGCCGCCAGGUACAUAGACUUCCUCUACCAGGUCCUGCAGAGCGACGAGAUGGACAAUAAGAUGGCCAGCUGCAGCUACGUGGCCCACGAGCGCCUCAGCUACGCCUUCUCCGUGUGGCGCAUGGAGGGCGCGUGGUCCAUGUCGGCCUCCCACUAGCGCCGCGCCACCCACGUCCGGACCCGCGCGCCAGGGAAGCGGGAAAGACACGGUUCAUCCACUUGCUUGAAGAACUUGAUGGAAAAGGACACAACAAGUGGUCGUUCUCUGUCCUGGCUUCAUGCAAGAUGACGACAGGAAGCUCUUUGCUCAGUGCUUCUUGGCCACCCGUGGACUUUUCUCCUCUGUCUCCUUCAAGUUUGCUUCUUCAGCUGUUAGGAAGUAAAUCUGCACUUUGCCCAAGACAGGCCUUUGUGCCAACCUCCAGGCCUUGGGCCUUUCCUGGGAGCCUCCUGACCCCACUUUCCAUUCAGCCAUUUGGCCACAAACACGGAUGGGACUUCCAACUUCUUGACAUUCUGCACGUGGUCGGAACACCCAGGUAUCUGAGCAGGAAAAUGAAAAAAUACUCCUCUGACCCCUCUCCUUUCCCCACUUCCCAUGAAGAGCAUGGAGCCCUCCUCACUUCCCAGCACGGCUUCAGAGGGAAGGUCAGACCACAGUGGGAAAGCGCUUUGGACAUCAGCCAUGCUGCAUCGUACUGUGAUUCGAAACUCCUGAUGUGACCACGGACCUCGGGUGCCCUUAACCUCAGAUGCAUGCUGCACAGUCCUUCCUGGCGACCAUACUCUUAAGCAGCGAACCUGACCACAUCACCGCCGCCCCCUUGGAGCCCAUCCAUGGCUCCAGAGUAGGGUCGCCCCAGCCCUGCCAGGCCUGCUCCCUGAGAUCAGCCCCUGCUCCUCUCUCUAGCCUCACCCCUCAUCACCACUCUCACCUCUGUGUCCCACACAAGGCCAAACUCCAUUCCCUGGACCCCUGUGUGGGGCCGUGCUGAGCCCCCACCCAGCCUUCUGCAGGCUCAGCCCACUCCCCUCAUUGCCCCAAGCCCUCCCCAUCACCGCCCCUUUGGACUAUGGGCUCUCCUGUCCUGCCGGACGGGGCUUCUCCACCCGUUCUGAUAACCAAAGUGCCCACACGUGGCCGCCAUUGCUGCUGUCUGUUGAGCGUGUGAACGGGUGAUCUCACUGCACAGAAGCCUCCAGGGGUGUCUGAGGAUGGGAGGUGGCUGGCACAGGCCCCCCUUGUAUCCUGAGUGCACCUGUCCAGCAGGUAGGGGAGGCCAAGACAGGACUCAGCACCCACGCUCAUCCAAAGAUCCGAUUAGGGUGGGCUUGUAACAUUUUGGACUACAGCCCGUCUGAGAAUCGAGGAUUCCCACCUUGCUGCCCCGGAACACCUCCAACCAACCCGGACACACAGAUUUCCAAUCCCAUUCAUUCCAGAAGACUGCGUAUCCCGUGUCCUGGGCCCCCAGAAAGAUGUGUGCAAGUCCUAAUCCCUGGUGUGUGUGAAUGUGACCAUAUUUGGAAAAGGGGGGCUUUGCAGAUGUGGGUUAAGAAUCUUAAUCAUCCUGGAUUAACUUGGGGGGGGGGCCCUAAGCUCAGGGACGAGUCUUUACAAGAGGAGACGCAACGGAGGACAGACCAGGAUGGAGGCCGCGAGCAGGGGGCCGAGCCUGGGCCGCGUGUCCGCGAGGAUUUCUCGCAGCCCCAGAAGCUGGAGAGAGACAGCGCAGCGCUCUUUCCUGGAGCCUCUGGAGGGGUCACGGCCCUGCCGACACUUUGAGUUUGAACUUCUGGCCUCCGGCACUGUGAGAAAAUAAAGUUCUGUUGUUUUAGGCCA